GGUAUUAACAGAGAAGGGUAAGGGGUAUCGUAAGGACCUAAUGCAAAGGGAACUUACUCGAACCUUUAAACUUUGGCGAAAAGAACUCGAAAAUGCUGAGUCAGCACUUGCAGAUACAUCAGAUAUCUCAAUUUUACAGCAAAGGCGAAAUGCCUUGGAAGCAGGAAUGAGCAGUUUAACCGUAGCUCAUGACAAUUUAGUCAAUCUUUUGAGUACAGCCGAAAUAGACGAAUUUACAAAGCGUCAUGAUGCAUGGUACAAGGAAUACAGAGAAAUAUUUAAGGCGCUUAACAGUAAAAUCUUAGAAAUCCGUAGCGAACGAGACGAACACAGUUCCAUUAUCUCAGGCCGUAGCAAGAGCUCACGCGCCUCCAGCUAG